CCAGCCCAGCCCAGCCCAGCCAGCCGGCGGGAUGGAGGAGCAGAAGGUCUCGCGGCCCCGGGUCACCUUCUUCCAGCCCCGCGUCAACCAAGUGCUGGUGCUGUUCAGUCUGUUCAAUGGCAGUGAAGUGGCUGUGAAAAGGUUUUUGCCAAAGAGUCACUUAUCCACAGUCAUCAUCCGUGACAACACCAGUGUCCAGCGAAUUCAGGAGAUCAAGGUAAAUCACUUGGAGGAGACAAGAAUAAAGACCAGCCACUUUUAUGAGCACUUAAAGAAGAAGUUCACGAGUGACCAGCAGAAGAAGAUAUCACGGUGGAAGAAGGAGUCUGAUAAAUUUGGGAAAAUACUGGAGCUGAUCAAUCAGAGAACCAAGAACUUGGCGAUUGCUUCUGCUAGUCUGACUAUGAGGAAGUCCCAAGAAGGCAGCCAGAAAACAAUCCCCAAGAAAGAAGCAACCGUAAUGUUUGAAAAAUGAUCCAGAGAGGCAUUCAUCCAGCACCCCGUCAGGCUGUUUCUAAUGAGUUUCUUUUCAGCAUCUCUGACACUCAGUUUGUCUUUUUAGCAAAGAGGAGAUGAAGAGAGUUCAAGCUAGGGCAGGUCUUAGUUGUUUCAGCAAUAAACUAAUAGAAAUGCAUUGAAUAGCCAUUCCCUUUCUGCUACUUCUCUUGAUAAUCUGUUUUGAACCGAUGAGUUUAAGUCUCUUGGGAUGGUGAGUGAAGUGGAGCUGGGAGCAGUGCAGUAAGGGACAGAUGUAGGAAGGAAAGAAUUUCCGAGGGACUGAUUUGCACUUUUAGAACAGAAACAUAUUUUAUUUGGGUGGAACUUUCUACUUGGCUUAUGCCCCGUAAAGGUUUAACCUGCAUCCAAAUGGAAAGGGUAGGAGCUUGUCUGAGGACAAACAGAUUUCUGGGACUGUUAGCAGAAGCUCCAUGAGGGUGAAGAAGUCCCUUGUGGGGGAGGAGAGAGAGGGAUUGCUUGCUGGAGGAGGUUGGGAGUAAGAGAAAGGGGUGAAGAGCUGAGACUGAGAAAAUGUCUUCAGUACUCUAGGUAUAAUUUCUGGGGAAGCAGUACUCAUAGAAUCAGAGAUUCCAAGGCCAGAAGGGACCACUGUGAUCAUCUAGUCUGACCUCCUGUAUCACACAGGCCAGAGAACUGCCCUAAGUAAUUCCUAGGGCAGAGCUUUUAGAGAAACACCCAGUCUUGAUUUAAAAAUUGCCAGUGUUGAAGAAUCCACCACAUCCCUUGGUAAAUUGUUCCAAUGGUUAAUUACUCUCACUGUUAAAAAUUUACACCUUAUUUCUGGUCUGAAUUUGUCUAGCUUCAAUUUUCAGUCAUUGGAGUGUGAUUAAUACCUUGCUCUGCUAGACUGAAGACCCCAUUAUUAAAUUUGUGUUCCCCAAAGGUAUAGACUGCAAUCAAAUCACCUCUUAACCUUCUCUUUGUUAAGCUAAAUGGAUUGCGCUGCUCGAGUCUAUCACUGUAAGGCAUGUUUUCCAAUCCUUUAAUUAUUCUCCUGGCUUGUCUCUGAACCUUCUCCAGUUUAUCAGCAUCCUUCUUAAACUGUGGACACCAGAACUGGACACAGGUUUCCAGCUGUGGCUGCACCAGUGCCAAAUACAGAGGACUAAAUGUGAAGAAGGGUGACCUGUGUGCAACUAGAGAUGAAACCGGAGUUUUUUCUGGUCUGUCCUUCCACUUCACUGGGUGUAUGUCAUUGGACACCACAUUGUUCUCGAUGUGCAUACUCCAUCAUCCCUUUCUUCAGAGAACCAGAGCAUCCCGGUUCUUAAUGCCAUUGUGUAGAUGGGAGAAUGGCCAGCCUGUGGCAGAGAUCAAGAGAAGCAGCAGCCACCUUGAGCCCCUCCCAGGGGACAGAAGCUUGACAGUGAGCUGUGGAGUAAGAGCAAAUGGAAAUUUGCUUUCCAGGAAGCUACUGUACUUCAGGAAGACUCCCAUCACCUCUCACAACUCCUUGAGAGGGCUGAAAGGGCUCCGCCAAGCUCAUGGGUCCCCAGUUAGGGGCAGAGGCCUUUCCCCAGGUCCACCCCAAGCUAACAUAACAAAUUCUCUCCACAGACAACAGUCUUUGAAGCCCUCUUUCAGUAGUUAACUUGUCUAACUUGCAUGUAACCAGAGCUGCUCAGUCCUAAAUUUAUUCCUUUCACAUCAGUGAGUGGUAUUCCCUGGUCACGGCACUCCUCGUCCUCCUCUCUACUGCCUCAGACCCCUGUGGGGUAAAGGCGAAGGACAAGAACAAUAGAAUGUUGUGUGGGGUGAUGAUUUUGGGUGGGGGAGUAGCCAUGACUGCUUUGGGGAGAUGUAGGGAAAGUCCUUCUGGAACAGCAAGCAGGGCCAGCUCUAGGUUUUUUGCUGCCCCAAGCAAAAAAAAAAAAAAAAAAGUGGCAGGAAUGCCGCCCCUGAAAUUGUGCCGCCCCAAGCACAUGCUUGGUUUGCUGGUGCCUAGAGCCAGUCCUGACAGCAAGCACCGGAGACACAUACCAUUAAAGUUUCUGCCACGAA